UUCAGCCGCGAGGAACGAAGUCUUCUUACAUCGCGAUGCUCGAAGGCCGCGCUCAGUCGACGCGCGGCUGCCACGGAGCACGGAUAUGUUCGCGUUAUGCAUCUUUUUGCUAGCCGCCGUUGUAUCGCCGCACGCGGCCGAGCAGGAUGGCUCGAGGGAGAUCCCGUUCCCAAGGCAGAAAUUCUAUCAUGUGCCCGGCUCACUGACGAACGAACAGAUCGCCACGUUGGCCGGCCUCACGAAUGUUACUCACAUGAACGAGGUCUUGGAUAACAUAUGUGUGGUGAGGAUCGUGGGGACCCCCGAGCACGCGAGAGUGAAGGAGUAUAUCAAAAGGACGAUGAAAGGUCUAGGUUGGACAAUCGAAUCAGAUACAUUCGAAUCUGAGACGCCUAUAUUUGGCAAAUUGCAAUUUGAAAACAUAAUAGCGAAAUUAAAUCCUAAUGCAAAAAGAUAUUUAGCACUCGCUUGCCAUUUUGAUUCCAAGUAUACAAGAGAGAGGGACUUCAUCGGAGCCACAGACAGUGCCGUACCAUGCUCUCAAUUAAUUAAUUUGGCAACCGUCAUGAAUACGCAUUUGGAUAAAAAUCAAGAUAUCAGUUUGAUGUUUAUCUUCUUUGAUGGAGAAGAAGCGUUUGAGGAAUGGGGUCCAAAUGAUUCGAUUUACGGCGCCAAACAUUUAGCCAGAGAAUGGCAUAACAAAAAGACUUCUUAUGGUAGAGAAAACCAUUAUUCCGAAUUGGACAAAAUGGACCUCUUGGUUCUUUUGGAUUUAUUGGGCGCACCUGAUCCGACUUUCUACAAUUAUUUUAAGAAAACUGAGAAAUGGUACUCUUUACUAGUUAGCAUCGAAAAGAAAUUAGCUCAAAUGAGAAAAUUAGAAUCGUAUUCGUAUGGGAAACCAGAACAAAGAUAUUUUCAACCAUACUCGUUCGAGGCGCAUAUCGAAGACGAUCACAUUCCUUUUCUGAGAAAAGACGUGCCCAUUUUGCAUAUAAUACCGUCCCCAUUCCCGCCAUUCUGGCAUAAACCUGGCGACAAUCGGCACAAUAUUGACUUGAAAACUACGGAGAAUAUUAACAAGAUACUCAGGAUAUUCGUUGCUUCUUAUUUGCAUUUGUCGAAUGUUUAACAAAGUUGAGAGAAGUCACGUAUAUCCCGAAGAAAUAAUUCACAAUGAUGCUCCAUCAACGUAAUUUUAAAGAGAAGAUAAAUAUACACUCAACAGCAUCAAGAAAAAUGCUUAAAAUAACACUAAGUUCAGGAGUAUUACAUAUCUAUGCGAAACAAAAACAAGAAACAUUUUCAAUUUCGGACAAUAUUCAAGAAGAAACUUUCAUAUCAGGCUUUUUUGACACUUUACGUCUACUUUAAAAUAUCCUGAGGUCUUUUUUUAUAAAAGCGUGAUAUAUUUGUA